GUGUGGGCAAUGAAUGAUUGAUUGCCCGCUGGAAUUCUUCGUCGAAUAGUGGAGUUUCGGUUCGCUCCUGUCGACCGGUCAACAAGUGCCGCUACUGGUUUUCUUCUUACAAUGCCUUAUUGCCCUUAUUCUUGCCUUACCAUCGAACGGUAAAACUCGCAAUUUUCCUUAUUCAUACUUGCAAAGCCCGUUGCAGACAUGGAUUUGGGCCAGCAAGAAUUCGAGCGCAUCCUCCUUUUCGAGCACGCCCGCAAGAACGCCGAGGCCACCUAUGCGAAGAAUCCCCUAGAUGUCGAAAAUCUCACAAAUUGGGGAGGAGUGCUCUUGGAAUUGUCGCAGUUCCAGAGUACUCGCUCAGAUUCAAUAAAGUUCGUCAAAGUUGCUGUUUCGAAGUUGGAGGAAGCUUUGGAGAUUAAUCCUAGGAAGCAUGAUGCCAUUUGGACCUUAGGCAAUGCACAUACUUCCCUCGCAUUGUACACAGAGGAUCUUGAGGAUGCAAAGCCAUAUUUUGCAAGGGCAACGCAGUGGUACCAGCAGGCAUUAGAUGAGGAUCCUGGCAAUCAGCUAUACAUGAACUCUUUGGAAUUAUCAAGGAAGGCUCCUGAAUUGCAUACUGAGUUCCAUAGGCAAAUGUCCAGUCAACAAGUUGUAGCUGGAGGUUCUUCUACCUCAAAUACAAAGGUCUCGAAGAAAAUGAAAAACAGUGAUCUUAAGUAUGACAUACUUGGUUGGGUGAUCCUUGCCGUUGGCAUUGUUGCAUGGGUGGGUAUGGCGAAAUCUCACAUUCCUCCCCCACCUCCUAGGUGAGCCAUCCAUUCAUUUUUCCAGUUACUGUUUUGAUUUUGGUGGUAUAGGCGCUAGAGUUUUAUCUGUGAGAUCCACCAAUUUUGUAAUAACUUGUGAAGGUCAUUUAUAAAUAAUUAGCCGCACUUGAGUCAAUUUACAGGGCCUUCUUACAUUUCUUAAGAGUAUCUG